AUGGCGGCCGCUGGAGCACAGCAACCAGCCCAGGGAACUGAUCAGAAUUUUGAUUAUAUGUUCAAGUUGCUAAUCAUCGGCAAUUCGUCCGUUGGAAAAACAUCGUUUUUAUUUCGUUACUGCGACGAUUCAUUCACAUCGGCAUUCGUAUCAACAGUAGGAAUCGAUUUUAAGGUCAAAACAGUUUUUCGAGGCGACAAACGUGUGAAGCUACAAAUAUGGGAUACCGCCGGACAAGAACGUUACCGUACCAUUACCACUGCCUACUAUCGAGGUGCUAUGGGAUUCAUAUUGAUGUAUGACAUCACCAAUGAAGAAUCUUUCAACAGUGUUCAAGAUUGGUGCACUCAAAUCAAGACAUACUCGUGGGAGAAUGCCCAAGUAGUCCUAGUCGGUAACAAAUGUGAUAUGGAUGGCGAACGAGUUGUAUCCUUGGAAAGGGGAAGACAACUAGCAGAUCAGCUAGGUCUUGAGUUCUUCGAGACAUCCGCGAAAGAAAACAUAAAUGUGAAAGCUGUAUUCGAAAAAUUGGUUGAGAUUAUCUGCGACAAAAUGGCAGAAAGUUUGGAUAAGGACCCACAGCAGCAACCGAAAGGUCAGAGGUUGGACGCGACCACUAAUCAAAAGCCACCGACACAGCAAUGCAACUGCUAGAUCUUUUCUGCGGCCAUACAUAGCUUUAUCUCCAAAAUAUUGCAUAAUUAGACCAUUCACAGUUGUUACUCAGAAUCUUCUCUUUUUUUGUGAACUCACCAUUCAAGCAGAUCCGCACUGUACAGCCCUUUAGCUUAUCAUGGCUGAAUGCUAAUUAUGUUUUGUCUCGUCAUUUUCAAGUUUUUCAGUCAUCACUCCUUCAUGCAUUUCCUCUUUUAGGAGCUGAAAUUCUCAUAAAAUACGUUUACCAUAAGUUGCUACUGGCUUUUUUGCCUCUUUUCCAUCUGCGAAUCGCUCGCUUUCUUUAUGUUCAUUACCUUUUUUAUUUAUUCGUAUCUAAUAUUUAUUCACCAAAGGCUGUACUUUACGCAAAGGAAUGGCUCUU